AUGACUUCUGAAAAUUCUGAUAGUCAUAAUUUGAUUAAUAAUUAUGAUUCUUUAUUAAAUUCUACAAAUGCUUUAAAUAUGGUUGAUAAUAAUGAUUGUGAAAUACAUAAAACAUUUAAACGUUUUUCAAAUCAUUUUACUUUACAAAUUGCUAAUAUAGAAGAUAUCAAAAAUUCUGAUAUAUUAUGUAAAAAUUAUUUUAUGAAUGAAAGCAUUACAAUAGAAGAAAUGAAAAAAAAUAUUUUAAAUGUUGAAGAAAUAAAUUUUGAAAUUACAAAAUAUAUUAUAUUUACUAUUGAUGAUAAUACAAUGAAUCUUUCAGAAGAUGAUAAAAUAUAUUUAGCAAAUAAAUAUGUUCCAUUUAUUGAGUUUGUCAUCAAUAAAUUUCCAAAUAUUAAUGAAUUAUAUUUAUCAAGUGAUGAUGAUUUAAAGUCAAAUGGUUCUUUUAUAUUUCAUAUUUACAAAAAUUUAAAAUCAAAUAAAAUAGAAAAAAUUUCUUUAUUAAAAAUACAAGAAAUAAUGGAAUAUUCAAUGAAGUAUAAUUUUUUGAAUCAAAAUGUUUUUAGUGGUUUUGAAAGAUUAAAAAAAAUAAAUCUAUACAUACAUUCAUGUGAUUCAUUAAAAACAUUAUCAAAUAUUGAUGAUUUUAUAUAUAAUUUUUUAAGCUUUUUAUCAAAAAUUAAUAUUAUGAUUAUAGAUAUUCAAUUUGAUGAAGAAGAAUUUAUAAUUGAUGUUGUUCUAAAAAUUUUAAAUUUUAGUAAAAUUCUUAAUUUAAAUAUUCAUAUGAAUCAUCCAAUAGAUUGGAUUGAACAUUUGAAAACAAAUAAUAAUAAAUUUAAAGAAGAAUUAAUACCUUUAAUGAUUAAUACUGUAGGAAUGGCUAUUUUUGUUAAUGAAAUUAAUGAUUUAAAAUCUAUGAAAGUAAUAUUAAAUACAUUAGAUAAAUUAGAAUAUGUUAAAAUUUGUAUCGAUAAUUCAAUUCCAAAAGUAAUAUAUGACAAUUGUAAAUCAUUGGAAGAAUCAAAAAUAUAUAUAAAUGAAUUGUUUAACUAUAAAUGUAAUUUAAAAAAUUUAAUACAUGUUAAAAUUUCUUUUGGACGAUAUCAUUACUUAGAAGAAAAUACAUAUGGUGAAAAUUUAAAAUAUUUAUAUGAUUAUAUGAUGGAACGUAUAAUAUCUAUUUUACCAUCAACAAUAAGUGAAGUAUUGUAUUUAAUGAGUGCAGAUAAUUUACCAAUACAAAUAUUUAAUAAAAUUUCUUUACAAUUUUCAUCACUUACUACAAUAACAUUUAUUUUAUCCCAUUAUAUUCCUGAAAAUGCUCUUUUUCAAUUACCUUCAUUAAGAAAUGUAAUAUUUAAUGGUGAAAGAAAAGUUAAUAUACCAUCAUGGAUUGAAACAGUUAUGUUUUUAUAUUUUGAUAUAGAUUUUUACUAUCCUGAUGAUACAUUAUCAAUUAACAAGAAGAAUGAACAUUAUUUUGAUUUAAUGAAUAGAAAGUUUAAUGUUACGUUAAGAUGUUUAGAUGAAGAUGAAAUAUAUUAUAUAAUAUUUAUGAAUGAUUAUAGAAAUCGAACAAAAAUAUCUCAUUUAAUUGAUAUAGGUUAUUAA